AUGAGAUUAUUGUCCUCCAUAAUAUUCCUGGCUCUUACUCUGUCAUCAGUCUUUGCUGCUGUCAGCUUUGACCCUCAGUACCAACUGUCUUUGGUUAACAAUAUUAGAGCCUCAGCUGGAAAGUCAAACAUCCAAAUUAGUCAAUGUCUUAUGGACUCAUCUCAAUUCCAUUCGGAUUACCAAGCAAGUAUUUCAACAAUGACUCACGACGAUCCAAAUGGAGGUCUGUUUGAGAGAUUUGAGGCCUAUGGUUCUUUUGAUAUGUCUAAUGCCGCUGAGAAUGUAGCCGCCGGUCAACAGUCUGAUGACUCUGUUAUUAAUUCAUGGAAGAACAGUGCUGGACAUUAUGCCAACAUGAUCGGAGACUACACCUACAUUGGUCUUGGAAUGAAGGUUGGUUCUGAUGGUACCCCAUACUGGACUCAGCAGUUCAUGACUGGUGACUGCAAACCAAUAACAUCUACUACUACCACAACUACCACUAGCCAGUCGACCACCUCACCGACUACUACCAAGCCCACCACCUCAUCUACUACCACCUCGGGCCAGACAACCUCUUCAACUACUACCAAGCCAACCACCUCGUCCACUACAGGUGAGCCAACUACAACUAGUUCAACAACUACCAAACCAACUACUUCAUCCACCACUACCAAGCCAACGACCUCCUCGACCACCGGUGAGCCAACAACAACUAGUUCAACAACUACCAAGCCAACCACAUCCUCCACAACUACCAAGCCAACUACCUCCUCUACUUCCUCAACCACUACCAAGCCAACUACCUCCUCGACCACCGGUGAGCCAACGACAACUAGCUCAACAACGACCAAACCAACUACAUCAUCCACCUCGUCCUCAACGACUACUAAGCCAACCACUAGCUCAACUUCUACCACCAAGCCAACUACAUCAUCAACAACCGAGAGGCCAACAACCUCCUCCACUGUCACCACUACAACUGAGCAGUCUACCUCUACUACAUCCACUACAGCACCAGCCUCCACCACCGUCACCGGUGUUGUCGAGACCACCCAGUCGACUACCCAUCCAAGUGCCUCAUCCAAGGUGAUCGUCAGUGUAUCCUCCAUCCUCUCAUUGUUGCUCGUUGUCAUCUUGUUGUAA